ACACGCACAUUUUUCUCAAUUCUUACUCUCACUUCCUCAUAUGGCCCUUACUCUCACUCUCACUCUCAUUUUCUCUCUCCUCUCUCUUCACUCCGCCGCGCCGCCGCCGCCGUUCGACAAAAUCUACGCCUUCGGCGACUCCUACACCGACACCGGAAACACCAAAACCUCCACCGGCCCCACCGCCUUCAACUAUGUCUCGAACCCGCCUUACGGCAUCACAUUUUUCCACCGCCCGACCAACCGAUACUCUGACGGCCGCAUCGUCAUAGACUUCGUCGCGGAGGCGCUUUCCCUACCGUUGCUCCCGCCCUACCGUGAUGCGACGGCCGAUCGGUCGCACGGCAUUAGCUUCGCCGUCGGGGGUGCCACCGCGAUCCGGCACGGAUUUUUUUUAAAAAAUAAUGUGACUUUUAAUCUCGUACCACAAUCUUUGCAAACUCAACUUGUUUGGUUUAACAAGAUUUUGGCGAGCCAUGGGUGCAUCGACUUGAGACGUACCCCAAAAGAGUGCGGGGGUAUUUUCGGUAAUUCACUUAUUUGGCUCGGGGAAAUCGGCGCCAACGACUACACAUCCACCCUCGGAUCUUCCAUCCCGAAAAGUACUAUUCAGAACAUCGCGGUCCGAUCUUCCGCCGGCUUUAUUCAGGCAAUAGUGGACAAGGGUGCAAAGUACAUCGUUGUUCAAGGCCUCCCGCCGACGGGGUGCUCGCCGUACUCCUUCUCCCUGGCGGCGCCGGAGGACCGCGACGCCGCCGGUUGCGUGGCGAGCAUGAACUACCAGACCUACCGCCACAACGCCGCCCUGCAGGCCAGCUUGGAGGCCCUCCGGCGGAAGAAUCCGGCGGCGAUGAUCGUCUACGCCGACUACUACAACGCCCAUUUAACGGUGCUGAAGAACGCAGGCCGGUACGGAUUCAAGGAACCGUACAGAGUCUGCUGCGGCUACGGCGGCGGCGAGUACAACUUCGACGUGUUCAACACGUGCGGGUCGCCGGCGGCGGCGACGGCGUGCGCGAAUCCGGCGGAGUAUAUAAACUGGGACGGAGCGCAUUUUACGGAGGCGGCGUACAGAGUGAUGACGACGUCGUUUUUGAACGGGAGCUACUGCAGCCCGCCGUUCCGUUAUUUGCUGAGCAGGAAGGUGGAGUCGUCGUGAUUGAUGGAUGGAGGAAUCUCAGCCGUCGGAUCUGGACUGUUCUGGACUGGAGCAUUUAAAAGUGUUGGUGGUGUUUAUUGUGGUGUGUGUAAAGCCUCCAUUAAUGCCUGGAGUUUGGAGCUAUCUUAUUUCUCUGUGUUUUUUUUUUUUUUUUUCUACGGUUUUAUUUAAUUUAUUAUUGAAAGAAAAUUGGUGUAAUUGUGCUAAAUUAAUGUAGUGCAAUGGCUGCUGAUUUUUUGUGUUUUUGGAGUGGUUUGAAUUUACGGCGUGUUUACGUGUGAUUACGGGUUUA